AUGUCAGGCCCAUUUCAGCGCCCUCCUCUUCAUACAUCCAACUCUAGCACUAGCAGUCCACUAUCCCCCCAAGGGGGCGGCGAUACUCCUGUAUCUUUCAGAACGAAUGUGAACCGUGCGAAGACGAAGCGCUGGGUCGAGGCGAAGAAGUACACCUACGACGGCGAUGACUGGGGCGAAGAUGAGUACGGGGAAUAUGAAUACGAUGACGAACCGCCAGUCCCGCAGCUUCCGCAGGCUGGUGCGAAUCGAAGCAAUCCGGAUAUCUCGAGCACUCUUCCAAAAGCAAAAGGAUCUUCACAUUCUCCACUACCCAGUAUGGAUCGUUCGCGUUCGAUGGAACACACUCAAACAGAGUCGACUGGAAAUCUGGCGUCGCCCAGCAGCCCCGAAACACCAAUUGUCCGUCCAGCGGAGAUCUAUAAGCGGAUGCGUGAAGAACAGAAAGCCACGUCUGCGACCUCGCCGCCUACGGGUAGUGUAGGUGCCUGGUCCUCCGAGGCCACUGCUCCUCCUGUUCAAGCAGACACGGAGGGUGUCGAUACUUCAGUUAUUCCCCCGGCAACAGCAAACGAACCUCCAACCCUCUCUCUGCCGGAUGUGAAGCGCUUAUCUGGGUUUGGUUCUAGUCUUCUUACGGAUUCCGAUUCAAAUCCUCAGAUCAAUCAAGAUACGCCAAGUCAGCAACACGAGCUCCAACAUAAUCCCUCUCUCGGCUUCCGCUCAGCUGUCAACCAGGCAUUCGAUGUACCUGAGACCCCAAGUACAAUUGCUGAUAGUGUAGCUCGCUCAAAUAGUGAUAGCACUACGGGAGUCAGUCCUAUUAUCGCCCGCCACGGCACUACCGAUGAUAAGACCCCAACUAUUCACGAAGAGCCCAAUGAAAAUGCAGAGACACCGACCGACGCCGGCAUUGUCUUUAAACCUGGGCAUCGCCGGGACUUGAGUAUUCCCAGCCCGGGUAACAGUCCGUCUCGCAGACCACAACUUGCUGGUCCUGAAACCAGUGUUUCUUCUGAAUUAGCUCAGCUUUCUGGUGCAACACCCGCAGAAUCCCCUCUGGAUUAUCCGCAAUCCUCUCAGCAGGGACUUCCUCAUCCAGAUACGGCCCUGCCCUCUCGAGAAACACCAGUGCGGGAUCUACCACCACCACUUAAUGUUCAAACUAGUAUGGCACCUGGAGCAGGGGUAUCCACAGAGAACAUUCCUGUGAUCAUUCCAUCCAUGAGCUCGGACAAUUCUCCCGAAGACACGGAGAAUGACCGACUGAGGAAGGAAAUCAUUCGUUCAUUGAGCAGAGAGAAUACUCCCUCUGAUCACCAGGACAAUGAUACUCCUCCUCAGACGAGUGGGCAGGACACACUCUUUCCACAUAAGGGCGGGCUAUCCACUGUAGCCUCGCAGGUUGAGCCUGCUAGUUCCAUGCCCAAUGCCAUUGCGGUAACGUCAGCUCCAAUUGAGCAACCAGCUCCUAUCCCAGCGCAGAAUACGCAACCCAAACUUAAAAAGCGGUUUUCUUGGGAAGAAUCGUCCGACGAGGAAGAUCCUACUCCUGUCCCACAAUCACAACCCGCUCGACCAAUGCCGGGGCAGUUCCCAUUCUCUCAAGAAAAUGUCCACCCGGAGUCCGAGGCAACGCCGACAAAUGAACCACCCAAAACGUUGGAUGAGGCAGGAAGCAAGGACGAACCUGAAAACGCCGGGCUUACGGCCUUGCCGCCUUUGGCGAUAGACACCACCGACAUUUCGUCAAGUGGCCCUGGCCAUGAGCCUACUCUCUCGGAGACACUAUCGCGGGCGGAAGAGGAAGAAUCCUACAGUCCUAAACAUCAAGUUUUGGAACCUUCAGCGCCAAUCUCGUCUACGUCAGUCGAAUCAGGCUUGCUUGGGUUUAAGGAUAUCCUCGGUAAACAAUCACCCGAUGACCGGAUCCAGGCGUUUGACCAGACUCGAGACCAGUUCGCAGCUAUUGAUACCGGCUUAAGCAAUUGGGUUCAGGUAACCCUCUACGCCCACCCAGAGCAUGCCGACGUCGUUGAGCGCAACUCAAAACCACUAUCCGACGAAUUCAAAAACAGUUUACCACGCGCAAAAUUCCCCAAACUAUCGUCCCUGGGAAACCUUGCUUCCUCGCUUCAGGAUGGAUCUCACUCAACAUCAGGCCAUAUUAGGCGGCCCUCCGCGACCCUUGGUUCUGUGAGGCAAAAUCAGGCAGGGAAGGAUUUCCUGCACACUGCUGGAGUAUUGGGUGGCCAUGCCGGCAAAGCCGCUAAGGGCCUAUUUUCCAAGGGCCGGAGUAAACUGAAGGGAGUUGGAGGAUCCGAAAAGGGGUUCCAAUCGUCGCGUGGAUAUCACAGGCCCGUACGACUAUCAGACCUCCAGCCUGACCCUGAACCCGGCUUAGAUCUAGAAGACACCCAGGACCUACAUGAUCCCCCUGCGAGUAGACCAUGGAUGCGACUGACGAAUCAGUUUGGCGAUGCAGUGACAACAAGGGGUGGGGAAUAUUUCUUUGUCCAACCCUCUCCACCAAGCGGGCAAUUUGACAGGCACGGCGGUAGCCAGCGGCGCCCAGCAGGCUCCAGCAAUCCCUGUUCUUUUGAGGAACAAGGGGAGCCGCAUGAGGACCAUUCUUCUCAUUCGGCCAAUAAUAACGAGCACGCUGGCUGCGACGGUGUUGAUCACUUGGGCGCUAAGCCACGAGACGACCUCCGAAGGAAUGCGAAGAGCGACGGAGAGAACGACGACGAAGGCAUUCAUGCGCACCCUGUAUCUCGCGAAGAACUACCAAGCCCUCAGUUUCACGCUUUAAUCCUCGAUGAUAUUCCGGAACGAGACAGCGCCCAGAGCCACGAUUCAAUGCUUCCUACUCUGCACCAGCUGCCAUCGAUUUCGUCCUUGGGCGCGCAGGAAUUGGAUCUAGGCCCGCCGCCGCCCCUCGCACCGAAGCUUGCCCAGAAUCAUCUUUCUUCUGAGAUUUCACUGCCAUCCAACGUUGGUGAUUCCCAGCCGCGUCACUUGGGCGGAAGAACUUGGCGCCGUGGCCAGAGGAGGGCGUCCAGCCAAGGGAACAAUAACCUUUUUGAAAGCCCUUUCGCUCACCGUGAGGCUAUUCAAACUGCCCCGGCCCGGCAUAACGGUCGCCCGGCUUCCACCCCUGGACUGCUGCCGCCCCUUUCUCCCAAGCAUGAGUGGUCGCGCCGCCCAGAACAGAUAUCCUCGUCGCGGGACCCCGCAUCUCCCAGAACCUCUUCCUCGCCCAUGGAGAAGCUGAAGAACGUUGGUCGAUUUCACCGCGUCUCAAUGGGCUCCAACCAAUCCGAAUUUAAGACCGGUCAAUUGCAGAAAAGGUCUUUUAAUAAAUUGACCGGUCUUUUCAGCCGCACUCAGCAUAGAAAGUCAGCUCCGCCAGAGCCACUUGAAUCUUCAUCAGAAGGCAGCACCAGGAAUUAUCUCGCACCAGUCACUUCUCGACCAGACUCUAGAGUUGCUACCUCUUCAGUUUCUUCAGUCGAUAAUCACGAACGGCCCGUCUCUCUUCCAGAUGCUCGCAAUACCUUUCACGGCCAUCGCGCACCCAUCGAGGGAUACUUUGCCCACGAGUCACCGGAAACUUUCAACGUAGCAGAGCCGCAAUCGCACCUUCGCGAUACCGCAAGCACUGACCAUAUGAGACUAAGCGACCCUACGCCUAUCAAUCCUGGGCGACUCUCUCCCCAUUCCCCUCCCUACCAUUCACCUGGCAGUCCACAUCGCCAAAGGCGCGCUUCUCCCCCGCGAUUAAGCCCACCUAUCCCCACCUCAGCUCCUCGCACGCCGCCAUCUCGCGGCCGUUCAGAAGAUCGCAGCUACGCUCAAGAUCUACACCUCCGCUCUCGCAGUCCCAAGGCCUUCGCGCCACGGCCCGAAGAGCGGAACCUGCCAAAGCACGACGCAACUGACCCGGCCUACAGGCUGGGCACCUUCCGGACAUCCAACCCCCGUACCAGUCACGCCGGCGACCAAGAACUACCGUGGAAGAUCACCAUCCCGGGCGAUUCCGACGAGGGCACAAUGAACUCAUCUUUCUCCUGGCGUCAGGAAACCGAAGGCGCCCUGAACAGACCCCGAUUACCAACCUACCAAGAAGAUGAAGAAGAGCAUGGGCCGUCUAACCACCAAGCCGUAGAUGAAAAACAGGGCCCUCCAUUCAUCAACCUACCAACUGCCCCAGCGGCAACCGAACAGGCUCGGCCGCCAGAACAAACACAUCCACACCGCGACGGCGCCCGAGCAAUAAACGCCUCCAAUGCCCCCGUCGAACUGCCUGUCCGAGCGGACGAUGAUUCCAGCGAGGAAAUUAUGAUGUCCAGUACUGCGUACCCGGGUCAGGAAUGGCGGCCCCUCGGGUACUCUGAGUGGGAACAUCAAUGA